CACACGCUGAAACGAAAAUUUUGAUAAUAUAACAACAAUAAUAUUGGAGUUGUUAUAAUGUUUACUUCUUUGAGGGGGAAGAGGAAGAGAGGGAUUGUAACAGUAUUCGUUUAAGCUUCAAUUCCAUUUUCCCUCUCUCGCUCUCUGCAACCUUCAUUCAGGUUUUGCGUCAGACAGAUGAGGUCAAUCAGAUGAGUUUAACCAUGAUAGAUUUGGGAAUUUCAAUUUUGAGGGUGAUCACGAGCCCUGAUGCUUCCUGUGCAUCUAUUUUUGGGUGGCUGAUCACUGGAUCAUUUGGCCUAAUGGCUGUCGUAUAUGCUGUUCUAAAGUGGCAGCGAAGAUCAUCGUUGAAUUGGAUUAAAGCUGCAGCCCGAGAAAAGAAGAAAGUUUGGAAAAAGUUUAAAGUACCUCUAUCGGUUCAUUUGUGGGUUGAAGAUUUUACUUACAGAGAACAGCCAUCCACUUGUUGUUUCUGCUUGACCUCACUUUGGCCUUCUCAAAAUUUAGCUACAACAGCCUCACCACGUACUCCUCUCCAUCGUUGCUCUGUUUGUGGUGUCGCAGCUCAUUUCCUUUGUUCUCAGUUUGCAGCAAAGGAUUGCAAAUGUGUGGCUCAGGCUGGUUUUAGUCAUAUUCGACAUCACUGGUCGGAAAGAUGGGUUAAUGUGGAUGAAAAUAAUGAGAUAUCUGCCUUCUGUUUCUACUGUGACGAGCCAUGUGGUGUUCCAUUUGUUAAAGCUUCUCCUACAUGGCAUUGCCAGUGGUGUCAGCGCCUAAUUCAUGUGAAAUGUCAUAACAAAUUGACUAGAGAUUCUGGUGAUUUUUGUGAUUUGGGUCCUUUGAGGCGAGUUAUCCUUUCUCCUCUAUGUGUCAAAGAAGUUGAUGAAGAUCAAAAGGGAGGGCAAUUAAGUUCUAUUAUAACCUCUUCUGUUCAUGGUCAGAUUAGAAAGCGGCGUAACCGCAACAAAAAUGGAGGUGGUUGCCAUCCUAAUGGUAGGUCACGCGGGUCCUCAGUUACCGAUGCAACAUUAUUUGAAUAUGUGUUGAAUGGUCUUGACUGGAAUAAGUCCAGUGAUGAUAAGAUCUUUGAUCACAUGAAUAAUGGUAUACUAUUAGGAAAUGGUUUAACUGCUACCCCUAGCCAAAUCAAGAAAUACUCAUUGGUUGAUUUGCCACAUGAUGCAAUCCCACUUUUGGUCUUCAUCAAUGCUAGAAGUGGUGGGCAGCUUGGACCUUCUCUUCAUAGGAGAUUGAAUAUGCUACUAAAUCCUGUUCAGAUUUUUGAAUUGAGUGCUUCUCAAGGCCCUGAAGUGGGCCUGAAAUUGUUCGGAAGUGUACGAUAUUUUAGAGUGCUGGUAUGUGGUGGGGAUGGCACUAUUGCAUGGGUCCUUAAUGCUAUAGAAAGACACAAUUUUGAGUCACCUCCACCUGUGGCCAUUCUUCCCCUUGGCACUGGAAAUGAUUUGUCUAGGGUACUGAAUUGGGGAAGAGGCUUCUCCGCACUUGACGGACAAGGCGGAUUAACCAUGCUUUUGCAUAACAUCAACAACGCAGCAGUUACUAUGCUAGAUCGCUGGGAAGUUAAAAUUGCAGAAGAAAACUCUGAAGGAAAACCAAAAAGAGUGAAAACUAAAUCCAUGAUGAACUAUUUAGGCAUUGGAUGUGAUGCAAAGGUUGCUUAUGAAUUUCAUGUUACUCGAGAAAUAAAUCCUGAAAAGUUUAGUAGUCAGUUUUUGAAUAAAUUACGAUAUGCAAAAGAAGGAGCAAGAGAUAUUAUGGACAGAACUUGUGCUGACUUGCCAUGGCAAGUAUGGCUUGAAGUUGACGGGAGAGACUUGGAGAUUCCUAAGGAUUCUGAGGGCUUAAUUGUGCUCAAUAUUGGAAGCUAUAUGGGUGGAGUAGAUCUUUGGCAAAAUGAUUAUGAGCGCGAUGAUGAUUUUAGUCUUCAAUCCAUGCAUGAUAAAAUGCUGGAGGUGGUAUGUGUUUGUGGAGCAUGGCACCUAGGAAAACUUCAGGUUGGACUUUCACAAGCAAGAAGGCUAGCUCAAGGUAAAGUCAUCAAAAUACAUUCUUCCAGUCCUUUCCCAGUUCAAAUUGAUGGGGAGCCGUUUAUCCUACAACCAGGCUACUUAGAAAUAACUCAUCGUGGGCAGGCAUUCAUGUUGAGGAGGACUUCAGAAGAUGAACCUAAAGGACAAGCAACUGCAAUCAUGACAGAGGUAUUGCUAGAUGCUGAGUGCAAGGGCAUUAUUAAUGCAUCUCAGAAGAAAGUUCUUCUCCAGGAGAUGGCCAUCCAUCUUUCUUAAAGAUCCACAUCUCGUUCAGCCCACUUUAUAUAUAGUUGCCCAUUCAUGGGUUUUUGCCCCUCUAAUCCUUUUUCAUAGGACCAGUUUUGGUAAAAUCUCGGAAAUAGAGAGAAAGAUUAGUUCCACGAAGCAGCUAAUAUAAGAGUGAAAAACUUGCGGCGGCAUGGUCAAGGUUUCCGUUUACUGUUUCUGUUGCGUCUAACAUCCUGUGUAUAUUGUAACUCGGGCGAAAUAUAGUGUCAUUAAAUCACUGUAGUAUUCUACCGUAAUGAGAUUUUCUUUUUUG